CUGCAAAUCUCUUGGCAAGACAGCAAUUGGAUCCCCAAUCUUACUCCUGAUAAUGUAUUAGACUAUUUCUCACAGCGUAGUAACCCAUUCUAUGAUCGAACAUGUAAUAAUGAAGUGAUCAAGAUGCAGAGAUUAGAAGCAUCACGGUUAAAAUCUUUAACUGGUAUUGAAUACGAUCUAAUCCACGUACAAGAUCCAAUCUUAUACAUUAUACGUAAGCAGCAUAGACAUUCACCAACAGAAGUUACUCCACUGGCUGAAUAUUAUGUUUUAGCUGGUGUGGUUUACCAAGCUCCUGACCUUGCCUCUGUAUUAAAUUCCAGAUUGCUAUCGGCGUUAUACCAUAUUCAAUCGGCCUAUAAUGAAGCAAUGUCCUAUUCACGUUUUGAAGCUGGUAAAGAUUAUUACUGGGAAUUUGAAAAGAAAGGUAUAACGUCUCCUAGAAGACCAUCUUCUUCAAACCGUCAUGAACUUUCCAGUACCUUGUUUCAGAGGAAAAAAGUCGAUGCAGUAUUGACAGACUUUUCAAAAAAAUUCCCCCCAAAACACAUCAAG